AUGGGCUUCCACAAAUCAUCCAUGGACAUCCACCUCAAGGACAGGCACGUCCUCUGCGCCUACUGCAAGCGCCCCUCAGGAGAAGCCACAUACUCCGAGCUGGACUUGGACUCCAUCCUUGGGGCUGUGAAAGGAAAAUUCAAAUGGAGCGCCGAAAACUUCUCCGGCUCGGCGUCAGAUGUCACCCUCGAACAGGAUGGCCCGGAGCAUAACCCUAUCCUGCGUGCGCGAUUGGACAGCGGGAAUGGGCCCCAGGAGGAUGUGGUGAAUCUGGCAGAUUGCAUUAAGAAUGAAGAUGGGAAAUUAAAGUACAUGGAUUGUUUCUAG